CGGGCCGGCUACGGUCACACUGCUGACGUGUUUCUAACGAAUCCCAAACACGAAUCCACUAGAAACCCCCAAUACACCGCCCGCUGCCCGUCGCCCGCGACGUUGCAACAUAGUUUUCACUGCAAGCGGUGCCCCCACGAAUCCCGGGGCUGACCAAAGGCCGUAUCCAGUCAGCAAACCCAAAUAAACAGAGAGCAGCCAGCCCCAUCUAGGAGGCGGAACGACACGACCCCGGAUCAGCUGCUGGCUUGUGAAAUCGAGAGAAGCCCUUUGACUCCAAGCAGCCACAUAGCCAAUCCAUAGAGCUAGCUAGGAUCGUAGCUGAUCCUGGAAUACAGACCCAGAAGCUCGAGGGAGACCAAGAGAGAGCAAGAGAGUGAGGUAGCCGUGGCCAGCGAAUUCCACGGAGAAACCGCAUAAUCCGACACAAGCGAAGCCAUGGCGCUGCUAACCAUGAUUGCCCGAGUCAUCGAUGGCCUGCCGCUGGUGGGGACCAUGCAGGAUGACGAGCAGAGCGGUCGCAGCAUACUGGACUAUCAGAACCAGGCCAAGAUGCUGUUCCGCAAGCUGGGCACACAUUCGCCAGCGCGCAGCAGCAUUGAAACCGGGCCCUAUCUGUUCCACUACCUUAUCGAGAACGAUGUCUGCUAUUUGGUGAUGGUGGAUAAGAUGUACUCGAAGCGUUUGGCCUUCAAUUACCUGGAGGAUCUGGCCCAGGAGUUUCAUGCCAACUAUGGCAGGCGUGUCAAUUCGGUGACGCGGCCGUAUGCCUUCAUAGAGUUCGAUGUGUACAUACAGAAGGCGAAAAAGCAGCUGACCGACCGCAGGCGCAACAUUAGCAACAUCAACACACAGCUGCAGGAUGUGCAGCGUAUCAUGGUGCAGAACAUAGACGAUGUGCUCCAGCGUGGCACUGUGCUGGCGGAGCUCGACACAAAGACCCAGAACCUGUCAAUGAUGUCGCAGAAGUACAAGAAGGACGCCAAGCUGCUCAACCGCAAAUCCAUGUACGUGAAGGCGGCCGUUGUGGGCAUACUGUUUAUCGUGUUCAUCAUGUACUUUUGGGUUCUGUAAUCCAUGCUCCAUGCUCCAUGCUCCACUAGUGUGCCACUCCGGAGCGGUGCAUGUCGCGCAGGUUGGACGUCAAAGACGGAAAGGCCGCAAGAUAUUUUGGUAGAGCCGCCUUUACACCUGUACUCUUGUACACCCCCAAAAAACACACACCUACCCAUAUAUAUAUAUAUGUUUAAUUCAUAAGCAGUCAUGGAAAAUGGGGGAAAACUAAAGAGCAAAACACACUUUUGACACGCGCAUUGCUUCCGAGAGGCUUGUUUAAUUUCUAAAUUAACUUACUUUUGUUUAGUGUUUCCGGUCUGAAAAAUCCAUUAACUAUUAACUCCGGUUACCUGCAUUUCUGUUUUCAUUUUUAUUUCCACAAGUUUCAAAAAAUUUCCCCACUGGUUGGCACAGGUUUUUCUUGUUUUAAUUUCAAGUCUGCAAAAUCUGUAAAUUAUAAAUGCUAAAAAUGUGCGUGUACAUGUCUAGAUAGUAGAUGGAAUCGCUAUAAAGCGAAUCGUUCGUUGGGUGAUUGAUAAAAAACAGAAAAAUAUUUAAAAAAAAAAAACAUAGCAAAGAAAAGGAAAGAAACGAUAACAGUUUUAGGCAAUUUAUAUGAAUAAAAUUAAGGCAAAUAAAUCAAUUUACAUUGUUUAAUAAAAAGACAAAAACACUGAGUAA